CGUGCCGGGCCUUGCUGGAUCCCCGCGUCCUCGUCCUCGUCCGCACCCCGCCACGAUCAUGUUCAAGAAAUUCGACGAGAAGGAGAACGUGUCCAACUGCAUCCAGCUGAAGACGUCGGUGAUCAAGGGCAUCAAGAGCCAGCUGGUGGAGCAGUUCCCGGGCGUGGAGCCUUGGCUCAACCACAUCAUGCCCCGCAAGGACCCGGUCAAGAUGGUGCGCUGCCACGAGCACGUGGAGAUCCUCACGGUGGGCGGCGAGCUGCUCUUCUUCCGCCAGCGCGACGGGCCCUUCUACCCGACGCUGCGCCUCCUGCACAAGUUCCCCUUCAUCCUGCCGCGCCAGCAGGUGGACAAGGGCGCCAUCAAGUUCGUGCUCAGUGGCGCCAACAUCAUGUGCCCGGGCCUCACGUCGCCCGGCGCCCAGCUGUACCCCGCGGCCGCUGAGACGGUCGUGGCUAUCAUGGCCGAGGGCAAGAGGCACGCGUUGUGCGUGGGCGUCAUGAAGCUGUCGGCCGAGGACAUCGGCAAGGUCAACAAGGGCAUCGGGGUGGAGAAUAUCCACUACCUCAACGACGGGCUGUGGCACAUGAAGACUUAUAAGUGACCCAGUAAAAAAAUAAGCCUUGCCGACAACCCCUC